UCAUGGAUCUUCGAUAUUGUCCCGUCCGAAAUAUUCAAAACUUGUAUAGGAAAGACUUCUUAUAUACCCUCACUUUUCUUCUCGUUCUCUUUUCUUUCCCAUUGUUUCUCGGCUACUUUGAUUAUUUCCAACCUCGAUUCAUUUUCCAAAUCCUGCCAAACCAUCAAAAUCUUAAACGUGGAACUUGUGAUUAUUCAAAAGGGAAAUGGGUUCCAGAUGAUGGAACUGAUCUCCUUGGAUCCUACAAUGAAAACUGCCCGUUUCUCGAUCCUGGAUUUAAAUGUCACCAAAACGGCCGGAAGGAUGAUGGUUAUCUCAAAUGGAGAUGGCAACCAGACAACUGCUCCGUUCCAAGAUUUAAUGCAACAGAUUUUCUGGAAAGGAGCAAAAAUGGGAGAAUAGUAUUUGCUGGAGAUUCGAUAGGUAGGAACCAAUGGGAAUCUUUGGUAUGUAUGCUUUCACAGGCAAUUUCAAACCACACUAACAUCUAUGAAGAAAAUGGAAACCCUAUCACAAAACACAAAGGAUACCUCUCUAUUCGAUUCAAUGACUACAACCUUACCGUAGAAUACUACAGGGUUCCUUUCCUGGUAAUUGUCGAUCGUCCACCACGUAAUUCCACUAAUCAAAUACAAAGCACAGUUAGAGUUGAUCAAUUGCAUUGGCGGUCUAAGCAGUGGAGUGGAGCCAAUAUCCUAAUUUUUAAUGCCGGACACUGGUGGAAUGAAGAUAAGACCAUUAAGAUGGGAUGCUACUUUCAAGAAGGUGGGAAGAUAAACAACACAAUGAAUGUAAAGGAAGCAUUUUGGAAAACUCUACAGACGUGGCGAUCAUGGGUUAUUCAGAACACACAUCCUGAUAACAGCUAUAUCUUCUUUCGAAGCUAUUCUCCAACACACUUCAGAGAAGGAAAAUGGGAUGAAAGUGGUCACUGUGACACAAGUACUUUACCAGAAAAUGACUACACCAAGUUGAAUGCAGAGCCAUGGAAUAACAUAUUUAUUUAUAAAACAAUUGAAAUGAUGAAAGAUGUGAAGAGAAAUAUACAGUUCUUAAACAUUACAUAUCUGACAGAGUUUAGAAAUGAUGGUCACCCCUCGGUCCACAGGGAGCCAGGCACGCCAAUUCCUUCCCCACAAGAUUGUAGCCAUUGGUGUCUCCCUGGAGUACCAGAUACAUGGAACAAGCUUCUAUAUGCCCAUCUUUUAUCAAAAGAUUACAGAACUAAGAAGAGAAAAAAUGUGUUUCAUGUCGUUCCUUCCAUCUCCUUCACAUUCUCAAGCUUCCUCAAUCCACCAGACCCAACAAGAGGAAAGGCGGAUGAGUUUGGUCAGAAGUAAAAGCCAACCACGGAACAUAUUCUCGAAUAGCAGCUAAGGCAUGCCUAAUUCUGGUAACCAAUCAUCAGGAGUGUGGUUUUCAGGGAGAAGUGCACGAAACUGAAUACAAGGGAGACACCGAAAUAAAAGGAGAUGGCUUGUGUGCACAGAUCAGAAGAAGCAUUAGCAUGCCAAUAGGU